AUGGAUAAAAUUACUCCACAUACACAGGCUGCAAAAGAUAGUCUACACCCUGACCAAAUUGCCCGCAUAGACCAAACCUAUGACCAAGCCCCUGGCACAGUCACCGAAUUCGAGAAACAAAAAACCGCUGAAGGAGAAGCCCACUUCCGUCGCCUCGGAUGGAAGCGUCUCGCCGUGAUCCUCAUCGUUGAGGCCAUCGGCCUGGGAACAUUCAGUCUUCCUGGUGCCUUUGCGACACUCGGCAUAGUUGCAGGAGUCUUCUGCUGUAUCGCCCUUGGUUUCAUGGCCAUUUACACAGCGUGGAUCAUCGGAAAGAUUAAAGUCUUAUAUCCGUCCAUCCAACAUUAUGGAGAUAUUGGUGGUUUGCUCAUGGGGAGGUUUGGAGAGGAGUUGUUUGGAGCCAUGUAUGUGCUUCAGUUGAUCCUCAUCACCUCCUCGUUCGUCCUUACUGGCAGCAUUGCUUUGAACAUCUUGGCCGACGGGAAGGUGUGUGGUCUUAUCUUCAGCGCCGUGUCAGGCUUCAUGUUGUUUAUCCUUGCCGUCAUGCCUUCUUUUGCAGAGGCUGCCAUUCUUGGAUACAUCGAUCUUGUAUGCGUCAUGACCGCCAUUGGUAUUGCAGUUAUCGCAUCGGGUGUAGAUGCUGCAAACCAACCCGGAGGUCUGGGAUCCUCAGACUGGUCAGCUUGGCCUGACCCUGAUGCGACAUUCAAAGAUGGCAUGGUGGCUAUCUGCAACAUCAUCUUUGCCUACUGCUUUGCCAUGUACAUGACACCAUUCAUGUCGGAAAUGCACACACCAGAGGAUUUCAUGAAGUCAGUUUGGACACUUGGCAGUGUUGAGAUUUUCAUUUAUACCCUCACCGGUUCGCUCAUCUAUGUCUUUGUCGGCAAAGACGUAGCCAGCCCUGCUCUCGAGUCACUACCUGGUAUUCUACCAAAGGUGGCUUUUGGCGUGGCUCUCCCCAUGAUUUUUAUUUCUGGAGCAAUCGGGAAUACUGUCACUGCGAAAUACGUCCACCUUCGCUUUUACAAAAACUCUAUCGUGCGUUUUGUCAAUACGCCCAAAGGUUGGGUCACUUGGCUCCUUACACUCGCGGGCAUAACAAUUAUCUCUUGGGUCCUCGGCGAAGCUAUUCCCUUCUUUAACGACCUUCUAUCGCUAAGCUCGGCACUUUUUGUUUCUGGAUUUAUUCUCUAUUUCCCAGCGGUCAUGUGGUACAAGCUUAUCUGUAGGGGUAAGUGGUAUGCCAGGGAGAAUAUCUUGCAUGCCGUUGCUUGUAUUUUUACUUUCUUCUUUGGGCUCUUGGUUUUAGUUGGAGGAACCUAUGCUACGGCUAUGGAUAUUCAACAUCAUUACGAAAUUGGAGCUUUCCGUACACCUUUUUCAUGCGAAGCUUGA